AUGAGGUCAGUGGUUCAGCUAAUAUAAUUGUUUGCUUUUCUAAAAGGUUUGCAAAGUUGCUCGAUUCCUGGGUAGACAAAGUUUUGGCAGUACAUAACACUCACAAAAAGGAUCUCGAUUGACUGCCCUGGAGUUGUUUACCAGAACAGUGACUCUGAAACAAAUAUUGUACUGAAGGGUAUGCCAUGUUCGAUCAGCUAAUUGCCUGCACUUUCUUCUGCCCUUCACAAUAGUGACUAGUGAGGCAAUGGGUGGUGAACCAGAGAUGAUGAUUGCAACAAAGAUGGUCCUCCAUGACUGGCAAAUGAAAGAUGCAGAUUGCUCUUUCUUGUUCCUCCCUCAUCAAUGGGAGGAUGGCUUGUUAGAAUCACAUACUAUGCAUGGAAUAGAUAAAGAGAUGGUGGCUAAUGAUAGUCAAGCGUACCUGCAGCAUCACGUGAAGCCAUCACAAAUGUAAUCUCAUCCCAGUAGCAAAGAAGUUUACCAGUACAAAGGGAUCUCUAUUCUCUUUAGUGAGAAAGAACUAAAUGAUGAGACAGCCAACGAAGUCCCUAAAUGAUGAUGAAACUGGAGAUCAAAAAAGGCUAAUGAGAGGGAGAUGCCAAGUUCCAGCAACUGGGCUAGACGUAAGCUUGGAAGAAAACAUGGCUCUCUUUUUGUAGUUAGGAAUUAUUGUUUUCACAUCCAGCAUAUUUUUGUUCUUCCAAGAUGAUGAGUUCUAGUUAUUUAUUAUGUAAAAUUAUCCCUGAAUAUUCUAGGAUUUGAUCCAUGGAGGCAUGGAGUGACAGUUAGUAGGAUACACAUGGAAAGAUGAAUCAACAUUCAGAAACAGGGUGGCCCAAGUAAUGAAAAAAAUCAUUCAAGUUUUUCCCAUGAUGGUUGAGCUGUUCUCAUCAUCACUUGGCACUUCUAAUCAUCUCAGUCAAAUCAAGUAACUGCUUUGGUCCAAUGAAACAAUGGAAUGCACCUAUGAAAUGAAAUGAAGUGUGUAUUUUUUGUUCUCAUCAUUCUAGCACAAAUUAGACCAG